AUGUCGGUGUCUCCGGGGCCAGGGAUGCCCUCUACAUCUUUAUUCGUAAAUCUUCUUUCAGCUUUCUUCAUCCCUUUUGUGUUUGGAGAAACAGAAAUAAGGUUUGCUGGACAAACGGAAUUUGUAGUUAAUGAAACAAGUACAACAGUUAUUCGUCUUGUCAUCGAAAGGAUAGGAGAGCCAGCAAAUGUCACAGCAAUUGUGUCGCUGUACGGCGAAGACACCGGGGACUUUUUUGACACCUACGCUGCAGCAUUUAUACCUGCGGGAGAGACAAAUAGGACAGUGUACAUAGCAGUAUGCGAUGAUGACAUACCAGAGCCCGAUGAGACUUUUGUUUUUCACUUAACAUUACAGAAACCUUCAGCAAAUGUGAAGCUUGGAUGGCCACGGACUGUUACUGUGACAAUAUUAUCAAAUGACAAUGCAUUUGGAAUUAUUUCAUUUAAUAUGCCUUCCUCAGUCACAGUGCGGGAGCCCAGGGGCAGAAACGAAUCUGUGCCCCUGACUCUCAUCAGAGAAAAAGGAACCUAUGGAAUGGUCACUGUGACUUUUGAGGUAGAGGGUGGCCCAAAUCCACCGGAAGAAGAUUUGAGUCCAGUUAAAGGAAACAUCUCCUUUCCCCCGGGCAUAGCAAUAGUAGUUUAUAACCUGACUGUGCUUGAUGAUGAGGUACCAGAAAAUGAUGAAACAUUUUUGAUUCAACUUAAAAGUGUAGAAGGAGGAGCUGAGAUUAACACUUCUAGGAGCUCCGUUGAGAUCAUCAUUAAGAAAAAUGAUAGUCCUGUGAGAUUCAUUCAGAGCAAUUAUUUGGUACCGGAGGAAGACCACAUUCUCAUAAUUCCAGUGAUUCGUGGAAAGAAUGACAGUGGAUAUCCAAUUGGAUCUGAUGAAUAUGAAGUUUCAAUCAGUUAUGCUAUUGUAACUGGGAAUUCAACAGCACAUGCCCAGCAAAAUGUAGACUUCAUUGAUCUUCAGCCAAACACAACUAUUGUUUUUCCACCUUUUGUUCAUGAAUCAUAUCUGAAAUUUCAAAUAAUUGAUGACACCAUACCAGAGAUUGCUGAAUCGUUUCAAGUUGUGUUACUAAAAGAUACCUUAAAGGGAGAUGCUGUGCUAGUAAGCCCUUCUGUUGUACAAGUCACCAUUAAGCCAAAUGACAAACCUUAUGGAGUCCUCUCAUUCAACAGUGUCUUGUUUGAAAGGACAGUUAUAAUUGAUGAAGAUACAACAUCAAGAUUUGAAAAUAUUACUGUCAUCAGAAAUGGUGGCACCCAUGGGAAUAUUUCCGUGAACUGGGUGUUGACACGGAAUAGCAGUGAUCCCUCACCGGUAACAGCAGAUAUUGGACCAAGUUCUGGAGUUCUCCACUUUGCACAAGGGCAGAUGUUGGCAUCCAUUCCUCUUACUGUCGUUGAUGAUGAUCUUCCAGAAGAGGCAGAAGCUUAUCUGCUGCAGAUUCUGCCUCAUACAAUACGAGGAGGUGCAGAAGUGAGUGAACCAGCAGAGCUUUUGUUCUACAUUCAGGAUAGUGAUGAUGUUUAUGGCCUGAUAACAUUUUUUCCUAUGGAAAACCAGAAGAUUGAAAGCAGCCCAGGAGAACGAUAUUUAUCCUUGAGUUUUUCAAGAUCAGGAGGAACUAAAGGAGAUGUGAAGAUGUUUUAUUCUGCUCUUUAUAUUCCGGCUGGAGCUGUGGACCCUUUGCGAGCAAAAGAUGGCAUCUUAAAUAUAUCCAGGAGAAACAGCCUCAUUUUUCCAGAACAAAAAACCCAAGUCACUACCAAAUUGCCAAUAAGGAAUGAUGCAUUCCUUCAAAAUGGGGCCCACUUCCUUAUACAGUUGGAAACUGUGGAGUUGGUGAACAUAAACCCCCCAAUUCCACCUAUCAGUCCUAGAUUUGGGAAAAUCCGCAAUAUAUCUUUAGCGGUUACUCCAGAUAUUGCAAAUGGAGAAAUUGGCUUUAUUAGCAACCUUCCGAUCAUUUUGCAUGAACCAGAAGAUUCCCCUGCUGAAGUGGUAUACAUUCCCUUACAUCGGGAUGGAACUGAUGGCCAGGCUACUGUCUAUUGGAGUUUGAAGCCCUCUGGCUCUAAUUCAAAAGCAGUGACCCUGGACGAUAUAGGUCCCUUUAAUGGCUCUGUUGUAUUUUUAUCUGGCCAAAGUGACACAACAAUCAACAUUACUGUCAAAGCUGAUGACAUACCGGAAAUGAAUGAGACAGUAACACUUUCUCUAGACAGGGUCAAUGUGGAAAAUCAAGUGCUGAAAUCUGGAUAUACUAGCCGUGAUCUGAUUAUUUUGGAAAAUGAUGAUCCUGGGGGAAUUUUUGAAUUUUCUCCUGAUUCCAGAGGACCCUAUAUUAUAAAAGAAGGAGAAUCUGUAGAGCUCCGCAUCAUUCGAUCCAGGGGAGCUCUCGUUAAGCAGUUUCUCCACUACAGGGUAGAGCCAAGAGAUAGCAAUGAAUUCUAUGGAAACACAGGGGUACUGGAAUUUAAACCUGGGGAAAGAGAGAUCGUAAUCACCUUGCUAAGCAGAUUGGAUGGAAUACCAGAGUUGGAUGAACACUAUUGGGUGGUCCUCAGCAGCCAUGGUGAACGGGAAAGCAAGUUGGGAAGUGCUACUGUGGUCAAUAUAACGAUUCUGAAAAAUGAUGAUCCUCAUGGGAUUAUAGAAUUUGUUUCUGAUGAUCUAAUUGUUACGAUAAAUGAAAGUAAAGGAGACGAUAUCUAUAGUGCUGUUUAUGGUAUAAUAAGAAAUCGAGGCAACUUUGAUGACGUUAGUAUAUCAUGGGUGGUUAGUCCAGACUUUACAGAAGAUGUAUUUCCUGUCCAAGGGACUGUUUUCUUUGGAGAUCAGGAAUUUUUAAAAAAUAUCACCAUUUACUCCCUUCCAGAUGAGAUUCCAGAGGAAAUGGAGGAAUUCACCAUUACCCUACUUAAUGCCACUGGAGGAGCUAAAAUAGGAAAUAAGACUACUGCAAUUCUGAGGAUCAGAAGAAAUGAUGACCCCAUUUAUUUUGCAGAACCUCGCAUAGUGAGGGUUCAGGAAGGUGAGACUGCUGACUUUACAGUUCUCAGGAAUGGAUCUGUUGAUGUUGUCUGCACCGUCCAGUAUGCUACCAUGGACGGGAAGGCCACCGCAAGAGAGGGAGACUUUGUUCCUGUUGAGAAAGGAGAAACGCUUGUUUUUGAGGUUGGAAGUAGAGAGCAGAGAAUAUCUGUAUUCGUUAACGAAGAUGAUAUCCCAGAAACGGAUGAGCACUUUUAUAUAAUCCUCUUUAACUCAACAGGUGAUACAGUAGUAUAUCAACAUGGAAUAGCUACAGUGAUAAUUGAAGCUAAUGAUGACCCAAAUGGUAUUUUUUCUUUGGAGCCCAUAGACAAAGCAGUAGAAGAAGGAAAGACUAAUUCAUUUUGGGUUGUGCGGCAGCGAGGACACUUUGGCAAUGUUUCUGUGGCUUGGCAGCUGUUUCAGAAUGAUUCUGCUUUGCAGCCUGGACAAGAGUUCUAUGAAACUUCAGGGACUGUAAACUUCACGGAUGGAGAAGGAGCCAAACCAAUCAUCCUCCAUGCUUUUCCAGAUAACAUUCCUGAAUUCAAUGAGUUUUAUACUUUAAAGCUAGUAAAUAUUUCAGGUGGGUCCCCAGGUCCUGGGGGUCAACUAGCAGGAACCAACCUCCAGGUAACAGUUAUGAUUCCAUUCAAUGAUGAUCCCUUUGGAGUUUUUAUCUUGGAUCCGGAGUGCUUAGAGAGAGAAGUAGCAGAAGAUGUUCUCUCAGAAGACGAUAUGUCUUAUAUCACCAACUUUACCAUUUUGAGGCAACAGGGCGUCUUUGGUGAUGUACGUGUAGGCUGGGAAAUCCUGUCCAGUGAGUUCCCUGCUGGUUUGCCGCCAAUGAUAGAUCUUCUGCUGGUUGGACUUUUCCCCAGCACUGUGCAUUUACAGCCACACCUGAGGCGUCACCAUAGCGGGACAGAUGCUUUGUACUUCAGUGGACAAGAGGGUGCAUUUGGAACUGUUAAUCAAAAAUACCACCCUUCCAGGAACAACUCAAUUGCCAAUUUUACUUUUUCAGCUUGGGUAAUGCCCAAUGCCAAUACUAAUGGGUUUGUUAUAGCAAAGGAUGAUGGUAAUGGAAGCAUCUACUAUGGGGUAAAAAUUCAAACCAACGAAUCCCAUGUGACACUUUCCCUUCAUUACAAAACUUUGGGAUCCAAUGCUACCUAUGUUGCCAAGACAACAGCCCUGAAAUAUGUAGAAGAGAAUAUUUGGCUUCAUCUUCUCAUUAUCCUGGAUGAUGGCAUAAUUGAGUUCUACCUUGAUGGAAGCGCAAUGCCCAGAGGACUCAAGAGUCUGAAAGGAGAAGCCAUCACUGAUGGUCCUGGAACUCUGAGAAUUGGGGCAGGAAUGAAUGGCAAUGACAGAUUUACAGGUCUGAUGCAGGAUGUGAGGUUCUAUGAGCAGAAACUGACCCUUGAAGAAAUUUAUGAACUUCAUGCCAUGCCAGCAAAGAGUGAUUUACACCCUGUCUCUGGGUAUCUGGAGUUCAGACAGGGAGAAACCAACAAAUCCUUCAUUGUUUCUGCAAAAGAUGACAAUGAAGAGGAAGGAGAAGAGUUAUUCAUCCUUAAACUAGUCUCUGUAUAUGGAGGAGCUCGUAUUUCUGAACAGAAUACUACAGCAAGAUUAAUAAUACAAAAAAGUGACAAUGCCAAUGGGCUGUUUGGUUUCACAGGGGCUUGUAUACCAGAGAUCGCAGAGGAGGGGUCCACCAUUUCGUGUGUGGUGGAGCGGACCCGAGGAGCUCUGGGCUACGUCCAUGUCUUUUACACCAUCUCGCAGAUCGAAUCUGACGGCAUUAAUUACCUUGUUGAUGAUUUUGCUAAUGCCAGUGGCACUAUCACAUUCCUUCCUUGGCAGAGAUCAGAGGUUCUGAAUAUAUAUGUUCUUGAUGAUGACAUUCCUGAGCUAAAUGAGUAUUUCCGUGUGACAUUGGUUUCUGCAAUUCCUGGAGAUGGGAAAUUAGGUUCAACUCCCACCAGUGGUGCAAGUAUAGAUCCUGAAAAGGAAACUACAGAUAUCACUAUCAAAGCCAGUGAUCAUCCAUAUGGCUUGCUGCAGUUCUCCACCGGGCUGCCUCCCCAGCCUGAGGACACGAUGACCCUGCCUGCAAGCACUGUUCCACACGUCACGGUGCAGGAGGAGGACGGAGAAGUUAGGCUGUUGGUCGUCCGUGCACAAGGACUCCUGGGGAGGGUGACGGCGGAAUAUAGAACAGUGUCCUUGACAGCAUUCAGCCCUGAGGACUACCAGAGUGCUGCUGGUACCUUAGAAUUUCAACCAGGAGAAAGAUAUAAAUACAUUUCUGUUAAUAUAACUGAUAAUUCUAUCCCUGAAUUGGAAAAAUCUUUUAAAGUUGAAUUGUUAAACUUGGAGGGAGGAGUGACUGCUGAACUCUAUAGGGUUGAUGGCAGUGGUAGUGGUGAUGGGGACAUGGAAUUCUUCCUUCCAACUAUUCACAAACGUGCCAGUCUAGGAGUGGCUUCCCAAAUACUAGUGACAAUUGCGGCCUCUGACCAUGCUCAUGGUGUAUUUGAAUUUAGCCCCGAGUCACUCGUUGUCAGCGGAACUGAACCAGAAGACGGGUACAGCACUGUUAUAUUCAAUAUUAUAAGAAGUCAUGGAGCUCUGUCUCAAGUGACUCUGCUAUGGAGCAUAGACUCCGAUCCAGAUGGUGAUCUGGCCUUCACCUCUGGUAAUGUCACGUUUGAAAUUGGGCAAAAAAGUGCCAACAUCACAGUGGAAAUAUUGCCGGAUGAAGAGCCAGAACUGGAUAAGGCAUUCUCUGUGUCUAUCCUCAAUGUCUCCAGUGGAUCUUUGGGAGUUCAUACUAAUGCCACCUUAAUAGUUUUGGCUAGUGAUGAUCCUUAUGGAGUCUUCAUCUUUUCUGAGAAAAAUAGACCUAUUGAAGUUGAAGAAGCAACUCAGAACAUCACAUUGUCAAUAAUAAGGUUAAAAGGCCUCAUGGGAAAAAUCAUGGUCACAUAUGCAACAUUGGAUGAUAUGGAAAAACCACCUUAUUUUCCACCUAAUUUAGCCAGAGCAACUCAAGGAAGGGACUAUAUACCAGCUUCUGGAUUUGCUCUUUUCAGAGCCAAUCAGAGUGAGGCCACAAUAACGAUUACAAUUUUGGAUGAUGAUGAACCAGAAAGGUCAGAGUCUGUGUUUGUUGAACUACUCAACUCUACUUUAAUAGAGAAAGUACAAAAUCGUCCAAUUCCCAAUUCUCCACGCCUUGGACCUAAGGCAGAAACUAUCGCUCACCUAAUUAUCAUUGCCAAUGAUGACGCCUUUGGAAUUCUUCAGCUAUCAGCUCCACUUGUUCGAGUGGCAGAAAAUCAUGUUGGACCCAUUAUCAAUGUGACGAGAACAGGAGGAGCAUUUGCAGAUGUUUCUGUGAAGUUUAAAGCUGUGCCAAUAACUGCAAUAGCUGGUGAAGACUAUAGUAUAGCUUCAUCAGAUGUGGUCUUGCUAGAAGGGGAAACCAGUAAAGCUGUGCCAAUAUAUAUCAUUGAUGACAUUUACCCUGAGCUGGAAGAAUCUUUUCUUGUGCAACUGCUGAAUGAAACCACAGGAGGAGCCAAACUAGGGGCGUUAACAGAGGCAAUCAUUAUUAUUGAGGCCUCUGAUGACCCCUAUGGAUUAUUUGGUUUUCAGAUUACUAAACUUAUUGUAGAGGAACCUGAGUUUAAUUCAGUGAAGGUAAACCUGCCAAUAAUUCGAAAUUCUGGGACACUCGGCAAUGUUACUAUUCAGUGGGUUGCCACCAUUAAUGGACAGCUUGCUACUGGCGACCUGCGAGUUGUCUCAGGUAAUGUGACCUUUGCCCCUGGGGAAACCAUUCAAACCUUGUUGUUAGAGGUCCUGGCUGACGACGUUCCGGAGAUUGAAGAGGUUAUCCAAGUGCAACUAACUGAUGCCUCUGGUGGAGGUACUAUUGGGUUAGAUCGAGUGGCAAAUAUUAUUAUUCCUGCCAAUGAUAAUCCUUAUGGUACAGUAGCCUUUGUUCAGUCGGUUUACCGUGUUCAAGAGCCUCUGGAGAGAAGUUCCUGUGCUAACAUAACUGUCAGGAGAAGCGGCGGGCGCUUUGGUCAGCUCUUGCUGUUCUACAGUACUUCCGAUAUUGAUGUAGUGGCUCUUGCAGUGGAGGAAGGUCAAGAUUUACUGUCCUACUAUGAAUCGCCAAUGCAGGGGGUGCCUGAUCCGCUCUGGAGAACUUGGGUGAAUGUCUCUGCCGUGGGGGAGCCCCAGCUUACUUGUGCCACUUUGUGCCUCAAAGAACACGCAUGCUCAGCAUUUUCAUUUUUCAGUGCCUCCGAGGGCCCCCAGUGUUUUUGGAUGACAUCGUGGAUCAGUCCGAAUGUUAGCCACUCAGACUUCUGGACCUACAGGAAAAACAUGACCAGGGUAGCAUCUCUUUUUAGCGGUCAGGCUGUGGCUGGCAGUGACUAUGAGCCUGUGACAAGGCAAUGGGUCAUAAUGCAGGAAGGCGAUGAAUUUGCAAAUCUUACAGUUUCUAUUCUUGUGGAUGAUAUCCCAGAGAUGGAUGAGAGUUUCCUAAUUUCUCUUGUUGAAGUUCACCUCAUGAACAUCACAGCCAGUGUUGAAAACCAGCCAACCAUAGGACAGCCAAAUACUUCUACAGUUGUCAUAGCAUUAAAUGGCGAUGCCUUUGGCGUGUUCGUGAUGUACAGUAUUAGUCCCAACACCUCAGAAGACGGCUUAUACGUAGAAGUCCAGGAGAAGCCCCAGACCACAGUGGAGCUGAUGAUCCACAGGACGGGGGGCAGCUUAGGUCAGGUGACAGUCGAGUGGCGUGUUGUUGGUGGAACCGCUACUGAAGGUUUAGAUUUUAUAGGUGCUGGGGACAUUCUGACUUUUGCUGAAGGUGAAACAAAAAAGAUAGCCAUUUUAACCAUUUUGGAUGAUCCCGAGCCAGAGGACGAUGAGAGCAUCAUAGUGAGCUUAGUGUACACUGAAGGCGGAAGCAGAAUUCUGCCCAGCUCCGACACUGUGCGAGUGAACAUUUUGGCCAAUGACAACGUGGCGGGAAUUGUUAGCUUUCAAACAGCUUCCAGAUCUGUCAUAGGUCAUGAAGGAGAAAUUUUGCAAUUCCAUGUGAAAAGAACGCCCCCUGGUCGAGGAAAUGUUACUGUCAACUGGAAAAUUAUUGGGCAAAAUCUAGAACUCAAUUUUGCUAACUUUACUGGACAACUCUUCUUUUCUGAGGGGUCAUUGAACAAAAUAAUAUGUGUGCAUUUGUUGGACGACAACGUUCCUGAGGAGAAAGAAGUUUACCAAGUCAUUCUGUAUGAUGUCAGAACACAAGGAGUCCCACCGGCAGGAGUUGCUCUGCUUGACGCCCAGGGGUAUGCGGCUGUCCUGACUGUGGAAGCCAGUGAUGAACCACACGGAGUUUUAAAUUUUGCUCUUUCAUCCAGAUUUGUUUUGCUACAAGAGGCUGACAUAACGAUUCAGCUUUUCAUCAACAGGGAAUUUGGAUCUCUAGGAGCCAUUAAUGUCACAUAUACCACGGUUCCUGGAAUAUUGAGUCUAAAGAAUCAGACAGAAGGAAACUUAGCUGAGCCAGAUGUUGACUUUGUCCCAGUAGUUGGCUUUCUGAUUUUAGAAGAAGGGGUAACAGCAGCAGCCAUCAACAUAACUAUACUUGAGGAUGAUAUACCAGAACUGGAAGAAUAUUUCCUCGUGAACUUAACUUAUGUUGAACUUAUCAUGGCUCCUUUAACUUCAUUUCCUCCUAGACUGGAUUCAGAGGGCUUGACUGCACAAAUUAUUAUUGAUGCCAACGAUGGUGCUCGAGGCAAAAUUGAAUGGCAAUAUAGCAGGUUUGAAAUUAAUGAAACCCAAGGACGUUUAACACUGAUAGCCCAGAGGAGUGAGGGGGCUCUAGGCCAUGUUUCCUUGUUCGUGUAUGCCCAGAAUUUGGAAGCACAGCUGGGGCUGGAUUACAGCUUUACCCCAAUGAUUCUUCACUUUGCUCAUGGAGAACGGUAUAAAAAUGUUGACAUCAUGAUUCUUGAUGAUGAUAUUCCAGAAGGAGAUGAAAAAUUUCAGCUGAUUUUAACAAAUCCUUCUCCUGGACUAGAACUGGGAGGAAAUACAAUAGCCUUAAUCACUGUCCUUGCUAAUGACGAUGGCCCUGGAGUUCUGUCAUUUAACAACAGUGAGCACUUUUUUCUGAGAGAACCAGCAGCUCUCUAUGUACAAGAGAGCGUUGCAGUAUUAUACAUUGUUCGGGAACCUGCACAAGGACUGUUUGGAACCGUGACAGUUCAGUUCAUUGUGACUGAAGUGGAUUCUUCAGUGGAGUCUAAAGAUCUGACUCCUUCCAAAGGCUAUAUUGUUUUAGAAGAAGGUGUUCGAUUCAAGGCCCUACACAUAUCUGCCAUAUUAGACACGGAACCAGAAAUGGACGAGCAUUUUGUGUGUACUUUGUUUAAUCCGACUGGAGGUGCUAGACUAGGGGCACGUGCUCGAACCCUGAUAACAGUUUUGCAAAACCAGGCCCCUUUGGGGCUAUUCAGUAUCUCUACAGUUACAAAUAGAGCCACAUCUAUAAAGAUCGAAGAAGCCAACAGGACUGUAUAUUUAAAUGUGUCACGUACUAACGGCAUUGAUUUAGCUGUGAGUGUGGAGUGGGAGACAAUAUCUGAAACAGCCUUUGGCAUGAGGGGAAUGCAUAUUGUGUUUUCCAUAUUUCAAAGUUUUUUCGAUGCCUCGGCUUCUGGCUGGUGUUUCUUUACUUUGGAAGAUUCAAUAUAUGGUGUAAUGUUAAGAAAGGUGUCUUCUACUGUUUACCGAUGGCAAGGGGUUUUUAUUCCACUUGAGGAUUUAAAUAUAGGGAAUCCUAAAACUUGUGAGGCCUUUCAGAUUGGACUUUCUCCCUACUUUGUGAUUACUCAUGAAGAAAGACAUGAAGAAAAGCCUUCUGUUAACAGUGUGUAUACAUUCACAUCUGGACUCAAAUUAUUCCUGGUUCAAACAAUAAUUAUUUCAGAAAGUUCUCAAGUAAGAUAUUUUACUUCAGACAGUCAAGAUUAUUUAAUUGUUGCAAGUCAAAGAAAUGAUUCUGCAUUAACACAGGUCUUCCGGUGGGAUGGAGGAAGCUUCGUGUUGCAUCAGACACUCCCUGUCCGAGGUGUGCUGGCCAUGGCCCUGUUCACCAGAGGAGGCUCUGUGUUCUUAGCCAUUUCCCAGGCUCAUGCCAGGCUCAAUGCCGUUUUACUGAGAUGGUCUGGAAAUGAGUUUAUUAGCUUUCAAGAAGUGCCAGUCAGUGGGACAACACAAGUCGAGGCCUUGAUUUCAGGAGAUGAUAUUUACUUAAUUUUUACCAAGUCUGUCUCUCUAGGAGAUCAGAGUUCAAUUGAUAUUUUCACCUGGGAGCCAGGACAGUCUUCUUUUAGAUAUUUUCAAUCCCUGGAUUUUGCUGCUAAUAGGAUCCACUCCUUCACACCAGCUUCAGGAAUAGGUGAACUGAUAUUUGAACCUGGUGUCAGAGAAGCUAUAAUCGCAGUAAAUAUUCUCGAUGAUACAGUGCCAGAGGAGGAAGAAUCUUUCAGAGUUCAGCUUAAAAAUCCUAAAGGAGGAGCAGAGAUUGGUAUUAAUGGUUAUGUAAAAAUCACUAUUCUGUCUAAUGAUGAUGCCCAUGGAGUUGUUGGAUUUGCUCAGAAUUCAUUAUAUAAGCAAGUGGAAGAAAUGGAGCAAGAUAGCCUACUAACCUUGAAUGUUGAGCGCUUAAAAGGAACUUAUGGUCGUAUAACUGUAGCAUGGGAAGCUGACGGAAGUAUUAAUGAUAUCUUUCCUAUCUCAGGAGUGAUUUCAUUUUCUGAAGGCCAGGCACUGUCUACAAUCACCCUGACCAUUCUUGCUGAUGAUGUACCAGAGUUAUCAGAGAUGGUGACCGUAACGCUCACCCGCAUUAGCACGGAAGGGGUUGAGGACCCAGCGAAAGGUGCUGCUAUUGAUCAGAAAAGAAGCAAGUCUGUGCUAACCACUCUGCCCAGUGACUCACCCUAUGGCUUGGUGGGCUGGCAGGCUGAGUCUCUCUUUGUUAGGGUAGCAGAGCCCAAAGAGAACAUCACCACUCUUCAGUUACAAAUUGUUCGAGAUAAAGGACUACGCGGAGACAUUGCCAUUCACUUGACAGCUAAACCCAAUUUCUUACUGCCUGUCAAUAAUCAAGCUACAGAGAAUGAAGAUUAUGUGCUACAAGAAACAAUAAUAAUAAUGAAAGAAAAUAUAAAAGAAACUUAUGUCAAAGUUACCAUUUUACCGGAUGAUGCUCCUGAGUUGGAGGAAGGAUUCAUUGUCAACAUCACCAAGGUGUACCUGGUGAACUCUGACUUCUCUGCAGGACAGCCACGCGUUCGGAGACCUGGGAUGGAAAUAGUUGAGAUAAUGAUAGAAGAAAAUAAUGAUCCCAGAGGAAUUUUUAAGUUUCAUGUUACCAGAGAUGCUGUUGGAGUGAUCACUGCCUAUGAGGUACCUCCACCCCUGAACAUACUUCGAGUUCCUGUAGUCCGGCUGGCUGGAAGCUUUGGGGCAGUGGAUGUUUAUUGGAAAGCAACACUGGACAGUGCUGGCCUGGAAGACUUUAAGCCAUCUCAUGGGAUUCUUAAAUUUGCAGAUAGACAAGUUACUGCCAUGAUAGAAAUAACCAUAAUUGAUGAUGCUGAAUUUGAACUCAUGGAGACUUUUAGUAUUUCCUUAAUCAGGGUGACUGGAGGUGGCAGACUUGGUGAUGAUGUUGUAGUAACUGUUGUAAUUCCACAAAAUGAUUCUCCAUUUGGAGUAUUUGGAUUUGAAGAAAAGACUGUAAUGGUUGAUGAAUCCCUUCUGUCUGAUGACCCUGAUUCAUAUGUGACAUUGACAGUUGUCCGGUCGCCAGGAGGAAAAGGAGCCGUCCGAUUGCAGUGGACUGUGGAUGAGAUGGCUAAGGAUGACCUCAGUCCCUUGAAUGGGACGCUUCAUUUCGAUGAGACUGAGUCCCAGAAGACCAUUGUGUUGCACACACUUCAAGACACUGUGUUGGAGGACAGGCGUUUCACCAUUCAGCUGAUAUCAGUUGAUGAGGCAGAAAUAUCUCCAGUGAAAGGUAGCGCAUCAAUAAUCAUUCGGGGAGAUAAGGGAGCUUCAGGAGAGGUUGGGAUCGCACCGUCCUCCAGGCACAUCCUCAUUGGGGAACCCUCAGCAAAAUAUAAUGGGACUGCUAUCAUCAGCCUGGAUCGUGGCCCAGCGACCUGGGGGGAGGUCACAGUGUAUUGGAGGAUUUUCCCCGCUUCCAUGGGGGAAUUUGCUGAAACAUCAGGAAAACUGACAAUGAGAGAAGGACAGUCUGCAGCAAUUAUAGUGAUCCAGGCUUUGAAUGAUGACAUUCCUGAGGAAAAGUGUUUCUAUGAGUUCCGGCUCACUGGUGUCAGUGAGGGGGGAAUACUGAGUGCGGCCAGCAGCACCGCCAAUAUCACAGUGGUGGCCAGUGACCUCCCCUACGGCCGAUUCGCCUUUUCACAGGAGCAGCUUCGAGUGUCAGAGGAAGCACAAAGGGUGAACGUCACAGUCAUCCGAUCGGGUGGAUCGCUCCGUCCCGUGAGGCUCUGGUAUGAGACAGUGAGUGGGACCGCGGAGGCAGGUGUGGAUUUUGUCCCUGCCCCGGGGGAGCUCCUCUUCGACGCACGGGAGAUGGCGAAAAGCGUGCAGGUUGAAAUACUUGAUGAUAGCCUUCCUGAAGGGCCUGAGGAAUUUUCUCUAGUAAUUACAAAAGUGGAACUCCUCGAAAGAGGGUAUGAUUUUACCAUCCAAGAAAAUGGACUUCAAGUAGAUCAGCCUCCUGAAAUAGGAAACAUCUCCAUGGUCAGAAUCAUAAUAAUGACAAAUGAUAAUGCAGAGGGCAUCAUUGAAUUUGACCCAAGGUAUACUGCCUUCGAAGUGGAGGAAGAUGUCGGGAUGAUCAUGAUUCCAGUGGUGAGGCUGCAUGGAGCACACGGCCGUGUGACAGCUGAGUUCACCUCUCAGAGCUCCUCUGCGGUUCCUGGCGUCGAUUAUCUACUGCAUGGGGACUCAGUCACAUUUCAGCAUGGGCAGAGCUUAAGUUUCAUAAAUGUCUCCAUCACUGAUGACCAUGAAAGUGAAUUUGCGGAGCCUGUUGAAAUUCUGCUCAUUGGAGCUACUGGUGGAGCGGUCCUUGGACGCCAUCUAGUGAGCAGAAUCACAAUCACCAAGAGUGACUCUCCCUUCGGUGUUGUAAGAUUUCUUAAUCAAAGCAGAAUUUCUCUUUCUAAUCCCAAUUCUACAAUGACUUUACCCUUGGUGCUGGAGCGUACUGGAGGACUCUCAGGAGAGAUUCAGGUGAACUGGGAGAUAGUAGGACCCAAUUCUCAGGACGCCUUACCACCACAGAACGGAGACUUCGCAGACCCCGUGAGCGGGGCCUUCUACUUUGGAGAGGGAGAAGGUGGCGUGAGAACCAUAAUUCUGACCGUUCAUCCUCACGAAGAAAUUGAAGUCGAAGAGACUUUCGUUAUUAAGCUUACACUUGUGAAGGGACAAGCUAAGUUAGACUCCAGAGCUAAUGCUGUUACGUUAACAAUACAGAAGUUUGGAGACCCCAAUGGGGUGGUUCAGUUCGCUCCUGAGUCUUUGUCUGUGAAGACCUAUUUGGAGCCCUCAGCCCUGGAAGGGCCCCUGAUCAUCACUUUCAUGGUCAAAAGAGUCAAGGGCGUUUUUGGAGAGAUUAAGGUUUACUGGGAAAUAAGUAGUCAGUUUGACAUUACUGGAGACUUUCUCUCUACAAAAGGCUUUUUCAUCAUUGCUGAUGGAGAGCGUGAAGUGAGCUUUGAUGUUCAUUUGCUACCAGAUGAUGUACCCGAGAUAGAGGAAGCCUAUGUGAUCCAGCUUGUUUCCGUAGAGGGAGGAGCCGAACUGGACCCAGAAAAAUGCAUCACGCAGUUCUCUGUUUCUGCAAAUGAUGACCCACAUGGAGUCUUCGCUCUGUAUGCAGGUCGCCAGGCAGUGCUCAUUGAGCAGGACCUCACCAGGUCCAUCCAAGUCAAUGUAACCCGGCUUGCCGGGACUUUCGGAGAUGUGGCUGUCAGAUAUAGAAUAUCAUCUGAUCAUAAGGAGCAGCCAGUUGUUACGGAGAAUGCAGAGAGGCAGCUGGUGGUCCAAGAUGGUGCCAGCUCUAAAGUGGACACGGUGCCAGUAAAGAGCCAGGUCUUCCUAUCACUGGGCUCUAAUUUCACUUUGCAACUGGUGACUGUGAUGCUUGUUGGUGGACGUUCCUAUGGCGUGCCAAAAAUUCUCCAGGAAGCCAAAUCCGCUGUCCUACCUGUCCCCGAGAAAGCUGCCAAUUCCCAGGUGGGAUUUGAAUCAGACGCUUUUUCCCUCAUGGACAUCGCUGCCGGAACAAGCCAAGUGGUGAUUUCUAGGAGAGGCACCUAUGGCUCCAUCAUGGUUUCCUGGGAGGCCGGAUACGCUCCUGGGUUAGAAGUGCCUGAAUUCAUUGCUGUUGGCAACAUGACCCCGCAACUGGGGAGCCUUUCCUUUUCCCACGGAGAACAAAGUAAAGGCGUCUUGUUGUGGACGUUUCCCAGCCCUGGCCAGCCAGAGGCCUUUGUCCUGCACCUCUCAGGAGUCCAGAGCAGUGCCCCCGGCGGGGCCGAGCUUAGAUCAGGUUUCACUGUUGCCGAAAUUGAGCCAAUGGGAAUCUUUCAGUUUUCCCCUAGUUCAAGGCAUAUCGUUGUGUCAGAGGGUACUCAGGUGAUCAGAUUACAGGUACAAAGACUCUUUGGGUUCCACGGCAAUCUUAUUAAAGUUUCCUAUCAGACAACCGCAGGGAGUGCCAAGCCACGGGAAGAUUUUGAGCCCGUUCAGAACGGGGAGCUGCUUUUUCAGAAAUUCCAAGCCGAGGUCCAUUUUGAAAUAAUCAUUAUUAAUGACCAGCUUCCCGAGAUAGAAGAAUAUUUUUAUAUUAAUCUAACCGCAGUAGAAAUGAAAGGAUUGCAGAAGUUUACACAAACCUCCUGGCGCCCGCGCCUGAGUCUGGAUUUCAGCGUGGCAGUGAUCACAAUACGGGAUGAUGAUGACACAGGUCUCGCUCCCAUCGGAACUGACUCCACCGCACACCCCGACGUGACCAAGAUAACUGCCACUCCACAGCCAACUGCAGUGGUGGCCACCGAUACUGGGGCAACUGCUAUUCCUGAGACACCUGUCACCCGGCCCGAGGCGGCCACUGGAACUGCGAAUGUUUUCAUUCAUGGAGCCUUCAGUCUUGGGCCGCCCAUUGUUUACGUGGAGGAGGAGAUGAAGAAUGGGACACUGAACGCAGCAGAAAUUCUGAUCCGAAGAACAGGUGGCUCUACUGGCAAUGUCAGUGUAACAGUUUUAUUUUCUUAAAUCCCAUGAUUAUUUUGGGCAUUACUACCUGAAGCAUUGCCCUUUCCCGAUGCCUAUGGACUGUCCAACCUGACGUGGGCGGUAGAAGAGGAGGACUUUGCAGAACAAACUCUCAUCCUUACAUUUGCAGAUGGAGAAAGAGAACGGAAAGUAUUGGUUCAAAUUUUGGACGAUGAUGAGCCCGAGGGGCAGGAAUUCUUCUACGUGUUUCUCACAGACCCACAAGGGGGAGCACAGAUUGUGAAGGGGAAGGAUGACACCGGGUUUGCAGCUUUUGCCAUGAUCAUUAUCACAGGGAGUGAUCUUCAAAAUGGCAUCAUAGGAUUCAGUGAAGGGUCCCAGAGUGGGCUCGAGCUGGGUGAAGGAGCUGAUAGAAACAGACUGCAUCUUACUGUCACAAGGCAGCCAAACAGGGCCUUUGAAGAUGUCAAGGUCUCCUGGCGAGUCACAUUUAACAAGACGUCCCCUGUGCUCCAGAAGGACGGAGUGAACCUGAGGGAUGCACUUCUCUCUGUGUCUGGGACCACAACCUGUGCAACAGGUCAGACAAAGUGCUCCAUCACCAUGGAGCUCAAACCUGGCAAGAUGCCACAAGUUGAAACGCAUUUUUUUGCGGAGCUGUACGAAGUCACUGCUGGAGCAGCGAUAAACAGUAGCGCGAGAUUUGCGCAGAUCAGAUUCUUACAGAGUGCUGAGCCUCGGAGCCUCGUGUGUUUUUCUGUGGGCUCUCGGCUACCAGUGGCUCACAAAAAGGCCACUUUAAUCCGUUUGCAGGUGUCCAGAGAUUCUGGGACAGGGCUAAUGGUGUCUGUUAACUUCGGUACCCAGGAGCUGAGGAGCACCGAGACAGUGGGCCGGACGCUCAUCUCUCCAGCUCUUUCUGGGAAGGAUUUUGUGAGAACCGAAGGCACCUUGGUCUUCGAACCUGGCCAGAGAAACGCCGUAUUGGAUGUCGUCCUAACCCCAGAGACAGGGUCUUUAAAUCCAUUUCCUAAACGCUUCCAGGUUGUACUUUUUGACCCAAAAGGCGGUGCCCGCGUCGAUCCCGCGUAUGGGACUGCCAACAUCACGCUGGUCGCCGACGCAGCCGCGCAGGCCGUGUGGGGGCUCGCGGAGCAGCUGCAGCAGCCCCUGGACGGGGACAUCCUCCGCAGGGUGCUCCACGGCCUCAGCGUGGAGGCGGCCGCAGAGAGCACCGACGAGCAGCUCAGUGCCGUGAUGCACCUAAUACACAAGAUAACUGUUGAAGGAAAAAAGCAAGCAUUCAGUAUUGAAAACCGAAAUCUCUUCUAUGAUAUUCUUUGUGCUCUUAUUAACCCAAAGCGCAAGGACACUAGGGGAUUCAGCCACUUUUCUGAAGUGACUGAGGAUUUUGCCUUUUCUCUGCUGACCGAUGUUACCUGUGGUUCACCGGGUGAAAAAAGCAAAACCAUCCUCGACAGCUGCCCAUAUUUGUCAAUACUGGCUCUUCAUUGGUAUCCCCAGCAAAUCAAUGGGCACAAGUUUGAAGGGAAGGAAGGAGAUUAUAUUCGAAUUCCGGAAAGGUUAUUGGAUGUCCCGGAUGCAGAAAUCAUGUCUGGGAAAAGUACGUGCGAAUCUGUCCAGUUUACAGAGUACAGCAGCCAGCAGUGGUUUAUAAGUGGAAACAGCCUUCCUCCCCUGAAAAAUAAGGUACUAUCUUUGAGUGUGAAAGGUCAGAGUUCGCAGCCCCUGACUGACAACAGUGAGGUUCUCUACAGGAUUCAUGCUGCCGAGCCUAGAAUAGUUCCCAAAACCUCACGAUGUCUCCUUUGGAAUCAGGCUGCUGCAAGCUGGUUGUCUGACAGUCAAUUUUGCAAAGUGGUUGAGGAUACUUCAGACUACGUAGAAUGUGCCUGUUCAUACAUGUCUGCGUACGCUGUCUACGCCCAGACCGACAGCUUGUCUUCAUACAAUGAAGCCUUUUUCUCCUCUGGAUUUAUAUGCAUUUCAGGUCUCUGCCUGGCUGUGCUUUCCCAUAUCUUCUGUGCCAGGUAUUCCAUGUUUGCGGCUAAGCUUCUGACUCACAUGAUGGCAGCCAGCUUAGGUACACAGAUUGUGUUUCUGGCAUCUGCAUAUGCAAGUCCCCAGCUCACAGAUGAGAGCUGCUCGGCCCUGGCUGCUGUCGCCCAUUACCUGUAUCUUUGCCAGUUUAGCUGGAUGCUCAUUCAGUCUGUGAAUUUCUGGUACGUACUGGUGAUGAAUGAUGAACACACAGAGAGGCGCUAUCUGCUGUUUUUCCUUCUGAGCUGGGGACUUCCAGCUUUUGUGGUGAUUCUGCUCAUAGUAAUUUUGAGAGGAAUCUAUCAUCAGAGCAUGCCAGAGAUCUACGGACUCAUCCACGGUGACCUGUGUUUCAUCCCCAAUGUCUAUGCCGCUCUGUUCACCGCAGCUCUGGUCCCUUUAAUGUGCCUCGUGGUGGUAUUUGUGGUGUUCAUCCACGCCUACCAGGUGAAGCCGCAGUGGAAAGCGUAUGACGAUGUCUUCAGGGGAAGAACAAAUGCCGCAGAAAUUCCACUGGUUUUAUAUCUCUUUGCCCUGAUUUCUGUGACAUGGCUUUGGGGAGGCCUGCACAUGGCUUACAGACACUUCUGGAUGUUGGUCCUCUUUGUCAUUUUCAACAGUCUGCAGGGACUUUACGUUUUUGUGGUCUAUUUCAUUCUUCACAACCAGACUUGUUGCCCCAUGAAGGCCAGCUACACAGUGGAAGUGAACGGACACCCAGGACCCAGCACAGCCUUCUUUACACCCGGGAGUGGAAUGCCUCCUUCUGGAGGGGAAAUCAGCAAGUCCACCCAGAAUCUAAUCAGUGCUAUGGAGGAGGUGCCACCUGACUGGGAGAGGGGAUCCUUCCAACAAGCCAGCCAGGCCAGUCCCGACUUAAAGCCAAGUCCACACAAUGGCGCCACCUUCCCUUCCUCCGGAGCUUAUGGCCAGGGCUCACUGAUAGCUGAUGAGGAGUCCCAGGAGUUUGAUGACUUGAUAUUUGCAUUGAAAACUGGUGCUGGUCUCAGUGUCAGUGAUAAUGAAUCUGGUCAAGGCAGCCAGGAGGGAGGCACCUUGACUGACUCCCAGAUCGUAGAACUCAGGAGGAUACCCAUUGCUGACACCCAUCUCUAGCGGCACAGUAACCAUUAGAAUGAGGAUACUCUCAUAUUUGUAUUGGCUUUGUGCUAAAACUCUAUAAGUACAUGCAGCCAUAUAAAUAGGAAACUGUGAAAUUAGUAACCCAGGAGUGAUUGUUGUGUUGGAAUAUAAAUUACUUGUGUCUUUGUGCAACCUGAAAAUUCAUUGUUGUAAUGAAAGACCGGAUCGAGUUAUAUCAGUUAAUAGAAUGUACAUAUUCCAAGAAUAUUAGUUGUUUUUAAUCAUCAUACAUGACUAACAUUGUUUAAUAACAGUAAUAACAAUCAAUAAAAACAAUAGAAUCCA